UACACCUCAACAAUAAUGUAAUAACGUGAACGUGGAACCUUGUAGGAAACUUCGAAAACCCUGGACAUCUAGAUACAAAACUAACUAGCUAACAGCUUUUGUUUUACAAGCGUGGUUUUGGUAAUACGAGGAUACUCUAAGCCUAUAGUGGAUUUUCCAGUCUUAUUAUCUUUCUUGAUGCUGCGGAUGUGAUGGUGCUGCCUCCUCCUGUCUCAUUGUGACUGCAGUCCAGCUCCUGCUUUCCUCUAGGGUUCCUCUCAUCAUGAACAUCCAAAAUCUCCUGGCCCAACUGUCCAUCCUGUGGGCCCUCGUGUUACCAUGUCUGGCACACCCAGUGUCAUCGCAGGCCAUCCAAGACCUUCAGGACUGUGCUAUGUGUGCUGCCAACAAAAACUGUGAUGAAGUUCUCUCUCCCUCCGAAAAAUUCAUCUGUAUCCUCAAACACUGCCACGGUAAUGCUUCCUGUAAAAACAUCUCUCUUGAUGAGCUUUCAAGAACGAAACGAGAGUUGGAUAGUGCUGAGAAACCACCAAGUACCACCAAGAGUCUUCUGACAAGCAGCUUGGCUGCUAUAGUGGCAAGCCAGACAUCACAUGUUACAGCUACAGUGGAUGUUGGAAACCAUAGCACUUUGCAUCCCACCACAGCGGUGCCAGCAGCUACUGUGUACCAGACAACUGCUGAACCGUUAGAUUCAAAAGUGACAGUGAAGAAAACCGUAACCACAGCGACUACAAAAAUGCAAAAUAAAACCACCGUACCAAUAACCAAAACAUCAACAACGACCAUACCAACCACUGCUGCCAAGGAAAAUACAUCCACCACACCAGCAAAGACCGUACCAGCCACUACUCUCAAGCAAAAUACACGCACCAUACCGACAACCGCCAUACCGACAACCGCCAUACUGACAACCACCCCAACCACCAUACCGACAACCGCCAUACCAACAACCAUCCCAGCCAUAACCAGUAGAACAACAGCAUCAACAGCCCAGACAGCACCACCAAACUCUUCCAUAACAACAUCACCUAAAUUACCUACUACCGCCUCUAGCAUGUCCUCAGUUCCCAAGACAAUGCCAACAACAGCACCAACCGUGCAGAAGACCUCCAAAUCUCCAGAUGAAGGGAACAGCUCAGUGACUGGGGGCACCUUGCCGGGGGACCACGGCAAGACCAACAAAACCUCAAUAGAUGCUGCUGCAGGCCCUCUGACCAGUCGUCUGAUUGACACCAGCACCCUGUUGGCACUGCUGUUGUUUGGCCUCCUCUUCUUUGUGGUCACUGUGGUUCUUUUUGUCACACAAGCCUAUGAGAGUUACAAGAAGAAGGACUACACACAGGUAGACUAUCUCAUCAACGGAAUGUACUCCGAUUCAGGAGUGUAACGGUUAGAAUAUGGUUUAUAUUUCAACAUGGAAAAUAUUCCUCUCUCUCUUUUUUCUUUUUUUUCUCUCAAACGUGGCUGAGAGGCUGUAGGCCAUAACAGUGAUAUACAGCCCCUUGUCUCUGCUUGGUUUAAUAUUUCUCAAGGUAUUUACUCAGCUAACUACGAGUGAAGAUCCUACAGGGGCAUGGAGGCCUCUUUUGGACUGUACUGUCUUACAAGGAUAUGGGCCAAGUCUAGUCCACAAGUCAAGUCUUCUAUGUGUGCACGUUCACGUGUGUACGUGCACUUGUCCUUUUGAUGAUGUGCAUCUUUUUCUAUGCAGAUUAAGCUUCCACUUUGUACUUGGCACAUGGGACUAAAGCCUUAGUAUUAACUAAAACCUCCAGCAUUUUUUUUUUUUGUACAAGGAAUGUCAUUUCAUGGGAUUUGUAGUGCAAUAUUUGUAAACACUCAGUUAUGUCAUUUGUGUUUCUCUUCUUUUCGUCUGCAGCUAAUGAUUAGGUUGCACUAAUGGCCUUUUUCAUUUGUUUUUUUUUUAAUUUUUUAUAUUGAUUUUUUGUUUGUUUGUUUUUAAGAGUUGUUCAGGAAUGUUCAAGAAAAGACGAUUACAGAAUGAAUGCCUUUAACUUUCGUUAUCACCAGCUUUUCUUUUUCUCUUUUAUUUUUAACCAUUCCGCUUGUCGGGUUAAGAACGGAUGCCAAAACAGUCACUGUGGCACUGAAGCACAUUAAUGUAAAGCCAAGGGAAUUUUUCAGCCAUUAUGAACUUCUUUCUGGGAUCAAGCAUUUCAUUAUAAAAUAAUGAGCCUUUCUGUUCCCAGUGUUUUGAGGAUGCAGGUGUGAUAGCCUGCUAUGUGCCAACCUAAGUCAGUGAGUCUUACUAAUGCACUGUUAAACAGACAGGAAGAAAAAAAAAAAACCGAAUAAAUUGUACUUUGCUACAAAAACCAUCAAUAAAGA